AUGACAAAUACAGCCCUCCUUAAAUUACUUUUGGCCAUGGUGAUCACGUUCAUUUUAAUUUUGCCAGAAUAUUUCAAGACACCGAACGGAAACACGUUGGAGCUAUCAUGCCUGGAAGUAUGCUUACAACCUAAUUUCACCUAUUCAUUCUCCUCUUUAAAUUUUUCUUUCGUGACUUUUCUGCAACCAAUAAAAGAAACUCAGACUAUUAUGGGAAUCUUUCUAAAUCACUCCAGUUUUCAAAACUUCACCAGGAUUUGCCAAGACAUCACAAGUGAAUUUAAAACGUGCUGCUCAUGUUUGGCUUGUGAGUCCAAAGGAAACAUGGAUUUUAUUUCUCAGGAACAAACAUCAAAAGUUCUUAUCAUGAGAGGAUCAAUGGAAGUGAAGGCAAAUGAUUUUCAUUCACCUUGUCAACAUUUUAACUUCACUGUAACUCCUAUGGUUGACCACUUGGAGGAAUAUAACAUUACCUGUAAUCUAAAAACCCACACUAGAAGGUCAGCAAUCAAAGAGGAAGAUCCACCCAAGGAAACAGAUAUAAACCAUACUUGUAGAAUUAUGGAACACCCGAAUAAUUGUAUAAAUAUUUCUUUGCACCUAGAAAUGGAUGUAAAAAAUUUUAUUUGUUCCAUGAAGAUCACUUGGUAUGUUCUGGUUCUAUUAGUUUUUAUAUUUUUGCUCAUCUUCAUUAUCCACAAAAUACUUGAAGCCCACAGGAGAGUGCAGAAGUGUCAGGGUCAUAAAUACAAACCUACAUCUGUCCUCUUAAGAGGAAGUGAUUCUGAGAAACUGCGAACAUUGAACGUGCAGGUUAUUUCAGCAGAGACCACGCAGAGGCUGCCUAUGGCUCAUGUCAAGGACGCGCUUCCUCCAAUACCAGAACUAGAAGUUAUUUCCACGGCGCAUCAGCAAGAUCAAUAUACACGGUGA